GCGCGCGUGUAAUGUGUUUGUGUAUCCUCAGUGUUUUUCUCUCUUGCGUGUUUCAUUGACUGUUAACUAAGUAUUGUCUCGGUGUAUUUUAAUGUUGAGACGUUGAUGAUGAGAUGUGUUGUGCUGUAAAUGAGUAUGAACUGAUCUGUCCAUGCUGGAUAUAUUGAUGAUUUCAUCACAGAAAUCUCUCAGCUGAAGAAAGAGGUGGCGUUACUGGAGACAAAGCUGAGGUCAAGAGGAGAUUUAGCAAUGAAUCGAGAGGAUGUGGAUUGUUGUGAAUCUUCAGUGUAUGUGACUGAUGAUGGGAGUCUGGAUUCAGUGUGGAUGAGCAGAGAUCGGAGUCGCACACCACAGCCACUGCUGGACUCUAAACUCUCUGAAGAGAAAUCCAGACACACACAGGACUCCGAGCUCAGUCUGACUUUACUCUCAGAAAUCAAAACUGAACCCGCCGAAGAGGAAGAUCACACUGAGGAAGAUGAAGUUUUUAUUUCAUCAGAUGUGAAGAGUGAUUCAUGUUUGGAUAUAGAAAUAACGUCCUCAACAUCAAAAGAGCGACUGACAGCACAAACUCUUUCCUGCAUCACCUGUGGAAAGACAUUCAGCUCACAGAGACAUUUAGAGAGACAUGAGAGAAAACACACAGAACAGAAACUCUUCACCAGAUCUGAGAUCAGCUUUACUACCUUACAAGAGAAGAAACUUCAUUCAGAAGAGCACAGAGAGAAGAAGCAGUUUCACUGUAAGCAGUUUGGGAAGAUUUGUGUCUCUUCCUCUAAACUAAAUGUUCACAUGAGGACACACAGCGGUGAAAAGUCUUUCAACUGCACUGAAUGUGGAAAAUACUUCGGAACCAAACAAAUUCUUAAAGUUCAUCAAAGAAUUCAUACAGGAGAAAAACCUUUCAAAUGCUUUCAGUGUGACAAGACAUUUACUUGUUCAAGUACCUUAAAAGUCCAUCAGAGAGUUCACACUGGAGAGAAACCUUAUCACUGUAAUGUCUGUGGGAAGAGUUUUAGUCUAAAGGAUUCCUUACGAAGGCAUCAGAGACUUCAUACAGGUGAAAAACCUUUCAAAUGCUUUCAGUGUGACAAGACAUUUACAUGUUCAAGUACCUUACAAGCCCAUCAGAGAGUUCACACUGGAGAGAAACCUUACGUCUGCGCUCACUGUAGAAAGAGCUUCUCUAGUUUAUCUCAAUUCAGAGUUCAUGAGAGAGUUCAUACUGGAGAGAAACCUUAUCACUGUAGUGUCUGUGGGAAGAGUUUUAGUGUAAAGGCUACCUUACUAAAUCACAAGAGACUUCAUACAGGUGAAAAACCUUUCAAAUGCUCUCAGUGUGACAAGACGUUUUCUCAGUCAGGUCACUUGAAAGCCCAUCAGAGACUUCAUACAGGAGAAAGACCUUUCAAAUGCUCUCAGUGUGACAAGGCAUUUACUUGUUCAGGUAACUUAAAAGUCCAUCAGAGAGUUCAUGCUAGAGAGAAACCUUGUCGCUGUAGUCUCUGUGGGAAGAGUUUUAGACAACAGUAUGACUUCAUAAUUCACAAGAGAAUUCAUACAGGUGAAAAACCUUUCAAAUACCCUUAGUGUGACAUGACCUUUGCUUACUCAGGUUCCUUAAAACCCCAUCAAAGUGCACACUGGAGAGAAACCAUAUCACUGUAAUGUUUGUGGGAGGAGUUUUAAUCGACAUGACAGUUUAGUGAAACACCAAAGACUUCAUACAGGUGAAAAACCUUUCAAAUGCUCUUAGUGUGACAAGUCGUUUUCUCAGUCAGGUCACUUCAAAUCCCAUCAGAGGGUUCACACUGGAGAGAAACCUUAUCACUGUAGCGUUUGUUGGAAGAGUUUUAGUCACCAGUCAAACUUACUAAAUCACAAGAGAAUUCAUACAGGUAAAAAAUAUUUCAAAUGCUCUCAGUGUGAUAUGACAUUUACUCUUGUCACGUUACUUACAGAGAGUUCAUACUGGAGAGAAACCUUAUCACUGUAAUGUUUGUGAGAAGAGUUAAUUAACAGUCAAACUUGCUAAAGCACCAGUGACAUUUAUAAAGUUAUGACACCAAAAACUUGUAUAAAGUGUUAAAUACUGUUUAAAAAACAAGUUAAUAGUUAAAUCUUUCAAUUAGCCUGUAUUUCAGUCUUUCGAUGCAGGCCACAACAACUUCUCUUUUUAAGUCCCUGGCCAGACCCAUCCAGUCUUUACCAAAGUCUUGUCCGAGUGAGUCCCGCCAUCGUUUUGCGGGGCGGCCAAGCCUUCUUUUGAUGUCUAGUGGCACCUAUUCGGUCACAGCCCAUGUCCAUCGCCCAUCCGAACUCCUGGCCACGUGUCCGGCCCAGCGCUUCUUGGCCUGUUCGGCCUAGUUGGCAUCCUUGACCUUGCUCAUAUUCCUCAGUUGCUGGUGUGAUCCGUCCUCUUGACGCUGACCAUCCGCCGAUCAAGGGCGCGUUCGGUCACUGCCAACUUCUGCUUAUCGGCAGCAGUCAGCGACCAGGUCUAGGCCACGUAAAGCAUGGCUGGUAGGAUGGUGCUAUUGAAAAGGUGUGCGCGUAGGGGGGCGUUAAUGAAAAAUAUCAGUGCUGUUCAGGUUUUUCCGAUUGAUCUAACAGUACUUUAUUAUGGAGUAUGAAAAAAGGUCCCAUAUUUCAUAGGCUUACUAGAGUUUUAUUUUAGGUUAUGAUGUCCUUAAAGGGAUAGUUAACGCAAAAAUGAAAAUUCUGUCGGUUUUUACUCUCAAGUUGUUACAAACCUGUACAAAUUUCUUGGUUUUGAUUAACACAAAGGAAGAUAUUUUGAGGAGUGUUCGAGAGUGAAAUACACAGUUGAAAUAACGUUACCCAUAGAAGUACACUAAAUUUGAGUUUCUGUACACUAAAUGUAAGUUUCUGUACACUACAUGCUAGGUUAGUAAACCAAGAGACACAGAGAGUAAGAGAUUUUAACCUCACCAUGUUUAAGUCAAUAAAAACAGAUAACAACAGGGCCGGUGUCUGUAACUUAAGAAAACAAACAUCUGGUUUCCAACAGCUUUUUUAUAAAAACUUGUGGCUACCAAAGACUUUAGUGUUAUAACAUGUUAGAAUCACAAAACCAUUUACAAUAUAAUUAUAUUAAUUAUUAUUAUAUAAUUUUAGUUUUCUCUUGCUCCAUAAUGUAACUUAAAAUUAUGGCUGCAUGUAGGGUUGCCAACUGUCUCGUAUUAGUCGGGACGUCCCGUAUUUAGAGACCUAUUUAUUUGUCCCAUACGGGACGUCCCUCUUUUCAUUUUUGACUGCUACGCUGAUCUAUCCAGUGACUAAUACAACAGGCUUGUUCGACUUUAUGUGGUGCCACAAGAACCAAGCGGCAGAUAACAUCACAAUCCUGUGAGAGCAAUUUGAGAAAUCAUACAGGGGAGACUGCUAUCGAAAUGCUCUCGUGGUACUUUGAUGUCAUCCACCUGUCAGUUGUUGAAGUGCCCCAAGCAUCAGCCCUGUCUAAAAUGCCUCAAUCUGAAAUGCCCCAAGGCAUUUCCAACCUUGCUAGGAAAUUCUCGCAUUUGUGAUUUACAGACUGUAAGUGUGUUUUACUUAAAGUAUUUAAUGUUGACUCUAAAAAAAACAUUUUCCCGUUCUUGCGUCCAAAGUUAGCCUACGGUAGUUUCCUGACAAUGUCAGAAAAUCAGCAUGAUCAACACACAGUGUGCUUGCUGCUACGACCUGCGUACAGGUUUUUGUUUACCACUAGCGCAUACUGGUUACGCUGCGCUAAUGUGUGACGUAGCCGUCAAAGCCCCCGUGACAUCGACGUACAGUCUACAUCAGGGUUUGCCCAAUCUUACUCUGGAGGGCCGGAGCACUGCAGCACUUAGCUCCAACCCUGAUCUCACACACACCUGAGCAAGCUAAUCAAAGUCUUUGUGAUCACUAGAAAAUCACAGUUGGGUAAGUUUGAUUAGGGUUGGACCUAAACUAUGUAGUGCUCCGGCACUCCAGGGUAAGAUUUGGGGAACACUGGUCUACAUGCUUGUCGUACCCAAGUUUAAACGAUCAAUGUCGCACAGUGUGAUAGGAUCUUAUAGAAGUGCAAAAAUGUCCUUAUGUACUUAUGUCCCGUAUUUCAGAGUGAGAAAGUCGCGCAUCUCUUCAGUAAGGUUCCUUGAUUAGUCGUAAAUCGGCAUCACCUGCUUUCAAAAGCAGCAGCUGGUGAUGGCGCUUUACUAUUAAUCUUUGGUGGGUUAUCCUGGUAUGGAGGAUAAAACAUGCAGUAAUAAACGUCAAAUUGACCAACGAACAGUUAAUCGAACGUCUGACCAAACAUCUUGAACUAUCAGCGCCUAGCAGUGUGUGCGACCCACCUGACGACCUGACAUGAUGUCAGUGCCUUAAAAUUAGCAGGUUUUUUAUGAGGUAAGGUGCCAAGCUAUUAAAAAGUGUGUGUUUGUCCGGGAGCAAACAUACUGUUUUUAACUAUCAACUAAGUCUUAAUUCAUGUUGUUUUUUUGUAUUUUAUUUACACAUUUAUCAUUUUUAUAUAGUCUCUUUUAUAAACUCUUUUGUUAUGUGUCAAACUCAUUUAUUUUAUAUUGUGUGCUAUGUGAUUUUACAAAUUGGUUUCAAAGUCUUAAUGUCAUGGGACCAUAAUGUCAUUAAUUGUCCAUUAACUUUGCUUGGUAUAGGAACACACUGAGAAAGGAACUGUUCAGAUUAUUCAGUAAAUGCUUUGUUCAUUUUUACAAUGAUUAUGUCUCCUGACUUCUGCUAUAGGCCUAUUAUCUGUGCUGGAAAAUUAAAGUUUACAUAAUUAUUCAGUAUUUUGUCAGUCUUUUUAUUCUUUCUAGGAAAUCUAAAGGACCUGUUAUUGCAUGCUAUGGUAUCACAAUAUAAAUUAACUGCAAGAGCUUGUAGAGAGGGGUAAGACUGCUGAGAGGAACACCAAUAUAUUUUGAAUAUACGUUGCAUACUUGACAAACUUGUCACACUUUCACUGCGCAGACACCAUAUAUUGUAUAACCGGUUCUACUGCACCUUUCAUUUGCACAUUGAAGAGAGAAUAAUAAAAAAUCUUCACUUCCUUUCAAAAAAUGUGAAGUCAGUGUCAUCUAGUGGUCAAAAUGUUUAUAAUAAAGUCAGAUCUACACAUCAGAGGUAUUUGGGUCAAUGACUAAGGAUUUCAUCAGGCCAGUUCUAAAAUACUUGAAAAUCUGUUGCAAUUGCUCAAACAUUAGGAAUGUUGUGUAGACAUAAAUUUGUAUUAUAAUAUUAUUAAACACCCAGGAAGGAGGGCGCCCACUUGACAAUCCCACGGAGUCUCAACGAUGCCUCAGAAGAACAUCUGAAAGAUGACAGACACCAGGAAAAAGUUACACUCCCAUAUGAUAUGCCACCAGUCAACCCACCAGAGCACGAGCUGGAUAUCAGUCCACCCAGGUGGAGUGAGGUAGAACAAACCGUGCGUAGAGCAAGGCCCGCAUCGUCUUCAGGCCUAAUGGAGUUCCAUACAGGUUCUACAAAAAUGCUCAAGCUGUCCUGUGAUUCCUCUGGAAACUGAUGAGAGUUGUGUGGCAAAAGAAGGAGAUACCAACAUACUGGCAGAUACCAACAUCCUUGGCUCAGUCCCUCACAACCUCCUGUGGACAGCCUUUGAUUACUUUAGAGUAGUGAGAAAGGUAUUUACGGACUUAUCUAACUCUGAGGGAUACAGUGAACAAGGUAAAUUCCCAAAAUGUGGGUGUGUUCCUUUAAACGUUCUGGGAAGGUUCCCGUUAGGUUACCUAAGAAUAACCUGCAGUGAACGUUCUGGGAAGGUUCCCUUUAGGUUAUUAAAAUAACCUAGAGGGAACAUUCCUAGAACCAAAUGGGAAUUUUAGGGAGUGUUUGCUGGUUACACUUUUGCCACAAUAAAGCCAUGGUUAAUUUUUGUAGGGGUGGUGGGCCAACAUACAUUUAAACCAAAGUAAAACAUCUCACAAAUGUUGCAUUUUGGUAUUGUUUUUUUUUAAUGAACAGAUGCGAUAAGAAUAUGUGCCAAUUAGGUAUUUUACAAUGUUUCAAAAACGUCCUUUUUGUUUUAUUUAGGUGUUAUUUUAUUUUUGUUUUUAAUGUUGUGCUGCAACAAUACCUACUUAUAAUGAACAUAUAAUGUUGUGAAAAGUUGUAAAAAGCUUUUGUUUUUAUUUUU